UAACUAGGUCACCAUAUAUAAAGCGUUAAGUUCAAGGCGGCUGGCUCAUUGCAAGUCGAACGCUCAGACAAGCAACAAGCACUUUCCCAAGUGACUGUAACAAGUGAAGAGUAUCAGAAAUAUCAGUGACAGUUCCGUACUCCGAGAUUAAAGAAUGCAUCAGAAGGUGGCAGGCUGGGCGCUCUUGGCCCUCAUCAGCUCAACGACGAUCCUCCAUACGAUUGCGUACCCGCAACAUGUUCCUUUAAUAUCACAGGCAACAAGCAACGUACGGACGCAAAACCCUCAAUACUACAGUAACGUGUACCCUGUCGCCCAGCAUGAACAAAUUUCUCAAGAACGUAAAUUCGCCGAGAAGCCCAACGCUUUGAAGAAAGUCGCUUUAGAUGAUCUCGACGACAUACAGACAAACUCUAUCUCUGAUAGCGGAUUUUCUUGGUCUAAUAUGUUAGGAAUGAUCAUGCAAAUGCUUUUCAACCCCGGCACAACUGGACCUAACAAGAGUGACAACAUUGACACGGAGUCUGUUGCACCAUCUCCAUGGGCCAACUUACUCGCCAUGGGUCUGAAGAUACUUACCGCCGUCCUCGGAGGAGGGGGCGCCAGCGACGGUAUCGACAAAGUCGACAACGGCUCUUCGCCUAUGCAGGGUAUAUUGGCUGCGGUACUGUCGACGAUGCUCGGUACAAAAGACCCCGACCAGGUCGCCUCCAUGGCAAAGCAGGCUGGAGAGUUCAUAAACAUCGUGAUGAACCUUCUCGACGCUCUUAAGACUUCCUUCUCGCACCGUUCGUUGACCGCGAGGUCUAUGGGCCGUAAAGAUUCUGUCAGUGACGCCGCGCUCGCCGGCAUCGCCAUGCUCAAGACUUACGUCAGAUCAUUCGGCACCAACGACGACAAGUGCCUACAGAAAUACGUGUGCGACGCCAACAAUGAAUGCUCCUCUGACAUCGGCCCCAAGAGUGUUUUCUGUCAACUCGGAACUUACGCAGCGAGCUUCGUGUUAGAAAGGCAGUCCGGUGGCACAUUCGAGCAAUUCACGGAGGCAGGCCGCCGCGGUCGGUCCGGAGUGGACUGUCGCCAGAUAUACCUCCAGUGCAACGAAGUUUAAAUUUAACAUAUACAUCGUUAAUCCAUAUCCGAAUAUAACAAACUAGAAACGAUGUGACAUUGAUGUAACGAAUUUAAAAAAAAAACAAAGGGAAUUGGACACUUUAAAUUCCAUGAUAUCUGGUGAUCGAUUAUGAUAGAAGUUAAACGCGAGCCGCAGAUUUGUCAUUUCAAAAUUAUCAACAUCGUAAUAUGCGAUUUUGUUGUCUCGAAAUGAAAUUAAGUAUACGGGGGGUGUAGAGUUGGUGCCUUAGGUUGGAUUGUGCUCAAAAUUUCUCCUGUCAAUUAUGAGAGUGCCGCUUAGUGUUUUAUUAAUUUAUUUAAAUUAUUUAUUUAUUUAACUUAUUCUAGAAGUUAAUGAGUAGGCAAACAAAGAUAAUGUGUACCCUAAUAGGAUGAUUAACUGUUCCGUCCAGUGAAGCUUUUUGCAGUUAAAUUUCAGUUAUUGGCACUAUGUUUGUAUUUAAACGAUUAAAAUGUUCCGCCAGUUUCUCGAUAAUUAACGACUGAUGUAAAAUAAAUCUGUGUGAUAUAAAUAAUAAUUUUAUAUCACUUUAUAGUUUAGUAUUGUAUAUUUUGUGUGAUCGUAUGAAUGAGGACGUCCUUGUAUGUGUGUGAUGUGAAAAUAAAAAAAUAUAAAUUAAGCAUUGCAUUUUUAAUCCCUUUGUCUAUCAC